GGGCUGAAAUCCACUUUGAAAACUGCAGAAUAACGGCAACAACAAUCCAUUGUGAGGAAGCUUGUCAGAAAAUAUUGACUUAUUUAAAACACUAAAACACACAGUGCAUUUGAUGUUUAUGAUUUGAGAUCAAAAACCUGAUUAUACGAUUUCCUUCUUUCGGUGCGCUGUGAUGUCCUCAUAUCCCGCGAGGGAGGUCAUGGCCUUUCAGUGCAGAGGGAUCAAGGGUCGCUAUGUGAACAUCUUCUUGUCGGGCUCAAAUAAACACCUGUCACUGUGUGAGGCGGAGGUGAAUGUGGGCAGGCGUCCUGAGAAUGCAGCCACUGGUGGGAUAGCCAGUCAGUCGUCGCAGUGGGACAAGUUUGGAGAUGCCAACAAUGCCAUUGAUCUGAACUGGACCAAUCGGUAUCUGGAGGGGUCCUGCAGCCACACGAAAGAUAUCGACCCCUGGUGGCGGGUGGACAUGAGCAAGACCCACAACGUCACUUACGUCACCAUUACCAACAGAGGGGACUGCUGCUCCGACAGGAUCAGUGGAGCAGAGAUCCACGUUGGGGACUCACUGUUCAACAAAGGCAAUAGCAACCCACUGUGACUUAUCUUCGUAACACAACUUCUGGCUGGCUACACAGCCCACUAUGUGUCAUCCCAGUAACACAACUCUCCCUUAAACAACACAGCCAUCUCCAUAACUCAUCAUCAUCAACUAUGAGAAUUUAACCAGACUUAAAGGGGCAAUCCGGAGAUGAAACAAUAACAAACGGUUCUCCCGCCCUAGGGAUGGGUCUGGAGAAAUGUAACCACUCUUAAAUUCAUAGACAUAGCUAUGGAUGCAAGGACUGACCAUCUGUGAAAUUAAAAUUAUAGUUGAAACCAUGUUUUGAGGCUAUAUAGUUUGUUUACAUUUACUUUGUUUAAGAACAUUACAUACAUGUUCUGAUGGGCUACGACAGUUGAACUAAGCUCAUAAGGCAUUUCUAAGUUACAGUAUAUUCUUCAAGAAUCCAUCAUUAAUUUAUACAUCCCAAAAUGUAUUUAGCCACUACAGAUUGCCCUUUUAAGCUUCAGGAAAUUCAUCCCUGAUCCCUUAUUUUGAUCAAAUACUGUUUGUCCCGCAAUCUUCUUAUAAAAUAUAACAAUGCUCAAGAUUCCUAUACCUGUAGGUGUGCCGGGAUUCCAUACAUCCCUGCUGGGCAAACCAGGACAUUUCCGUGCAGUGGGAUAUCGGGGCGCGAUGUCAACAUUCUCCUCCCAGGAAAAGAGAAGUGCCUGACUUUUUGUGAGGUGGAACUGCACGCAAGCACCUUUCAGGCAGCCCUGCCUUCAACUGUCACUGAGACAGCUGUUACAGCUCCAAACCUAAACCUGGCCUGGCUGUGGGAUCUUCUGAGAUCCCUCAGAAGACUUGCCAUUCGGAAAGAUCUGCUACUCCUACAUCCAAUGAUACAGUACCCUCCAGGCUAAAAUUGGGACCAGAAAUCAGAAAUUCUUAACCAGAGGCUUGUAAUUUUUCUGAGCAAACCCCAUCCCUCUUGUUUGAAAGAAGGCAACUUGGCAAU